AUGGCAUGGGUAAGCCGAUCCAUAAGAGACUUUGAUCUCUCCAAAACAAACACAAGUGAUGCACUAGGACCGGGUAGUUACAUUUCUCAUGAACCAUUCUUAAAACAGCCUAAAUAUGCCUCAGCACCAUUCUUCUCAACGGAAAAGAGGUACACAACAUCAACCAAUGAAAAGUUUCUCACUCCUGGACCUGGUACUUAUUCAAGUCCAACAGCCUUCACCUCAAAAACCGAUCGUUCCUCUGUUUUUAAAUCUGCAACAACAAGAUUUGAUUUAAAUACAUCAAUUGAGGAAAAUCCAGGACCUGGAAGUUAUCAAGUAAAAUCGGAUAUUGACAGUUUCCUUGAAAAAAAGUUUAGUAAAUCACCUCCAAAAACAAGAAAUCCAUCAACUCCAACUAAACAACUAUCAACUGCCCCAUCAAUUCCAGCUAAUACACAAUCACAUGGAUAUGAAGAAGGUCCACGUGGUGAAUUAAUAAGACAAAGACCACCAGAUGGAGGAUAUAAAGGAACAUAUCAAGAUUCAAUUGGACCAGGUCAAUAUUUUGUAGAAGAAAUUACAGCACCAAGGAAAACACAAGGAAUAUUUACAAGUUCAACUACAAGAGACAUAUUUAAAAUUCCAAAAAAUCCAGGACCUGGAGCAUAUGACAGCAAAGUGAAUGAUAUGUCAAGAAGUUAUGGUUCGAUAUUUGGAUCUAGGACUCAACGAUCAUCACUUGUUCCAAUUGACAAAAUAAGGUCACCAAAUUUAGGACCUGGAGCUUAUGAUUCUAAGGAGCCAAAACUUGCUCACAAAACAAAACACCAACCAUUUGGAAGUACAACAUCUAGGCCUUUUGAUUUUUCAAGUACAUUUUCAAGUGCACCUGGACCUGGUGAAUAUAUUAGAGUUUUUGAGGAGAAAUAUGUUAGUAGUGAUCGUACAAAAGUUCAUGGACCAUUCAAUGCUAAAACUGAAAGAUUUAAUUACAAAUCCAAAGAUGCUCCUCCAGGACCUGGAAGCUACAAUGAUAGUAAUUAUCUUACAAAUGAUUUAACAAAGAAACCAAGAGGUGCUUUUGGUGUAUUUGGCUCAACAUCUGCUAGGUUUACAAAUAUAGAAAAAGCAAAAGCACCUCCACCAGGUUCAUAUAACGUACCUGAAAAACUAAAUCAAGUAAGAAAGACAGAUGCAAGAUCUAGUACAUUCCAAUCCAGGACAACAAGAAGCUCUGAUAACAAUGAAAGAAAAUUAGUGAAAGAUACAACACCUCCAGUUGGAGUUUAUGCAAUUGCAAAUGAAAAUUGGUCAAAGAAAUCAUUUUCCACACGAACAACUGGGUUCACAUCAACAACGAGUAGAUUUACAGAGAAAUUACCAAGAGAUAGAGCAGCAAUUGUUGGACCGAAUUAUUUACCACCCUCAUUUACAGAUAAGAAACCAAAAGGAAUUGAUUUAUCAAAGAAUACACGUGUACAGACAGCUCCAAUAUCUAGAUUUGAAUCACCACACAUUGGUCCAGGAACCUAUGAUCAUAGUCCUUCUUGGAUUAAACCUUCACAUAAUGUUACAAUAACUCAGCUGUAG